CUGUCAGUACUUUUCUUCUUUGACCUGGGACUUGACCAAAAGCAAGACCUAACCAACCUUCGCCAGCACAUUUUUACAAUUUAGCUGCUAUACAUUGCCUUCAUAGUGCUGUAAAUAACACUUCACUUGUUUAGCGGUCAAGAAAUGGUCGCUGGAGGGUUGCAGCCCCCAAGCAUUGACGAGGAGGAGGCUGCGGCGCGCGCUGUGGGCCAGGGCGUUAUUUUUAUCCUCGAUGAUGCUCAGUUAGAGGUUGCGCAAGUCGGCAAGACCUACCAGCUGCUGAACUGUGAUGACCACGCGACAUAUCUUCGAAAGCACAAAAAGGACCCGGCGCUGUACCGCCCAGACAUUUGCCACCAGGCGCUUCUAAACGUGCUCGACAGCCCGCUCAACAAGGCCGGGAAAAUCAAGGCUGUGUACGUGCGCACGCACAAGAACGUGCUGUUCUCCAUCAACCCCAAGACGCGCAUCCCGCGCACCAUCAAGCGCUUCUCCGGCCUCAUGGUGCAGCUGCUGCAGAAGCUGUCCAUCCGCGCCACCAACGGCCCUGACAAGCUGAUGAAGGUGAUUAAAGGCCCGGUGACUAAGCACCUUCCGCUCAACUGCAAGCGCGUGGGCUUUUCAUUCGCCGCAGAUAAGCACGUGGCCAUCCAUGAGUACGUGGCGGGGCUGGAGGACAGCGGGCCCAUUGUGUUCGUGGUGGGCGCCUUCGCGCACGGCAAGAUCGAGGCGCCCUGGGUGGAUGAGGAGCUAAACAUCAGCGAGUACCCGCUGUCGGCGGCCUACUGCCUGGCGCGCAUCACGCAGGCGUUCGAGAUGAAGUGGAAGAUCGUGUAAGGGGGGAGGGGGUGAAUGGAGGUGUGGAGAGUGGGGUUGGAAUGGGGUGAAUCAGUGGGGUGGAGUGGGGUGGGAGCGUGAAGGUGCGAAUCAAGAACGAAUGCGCAGGAUGGAUGAGCAUGUUGCUGCGGUGGGACCUCGGUGUUGCCGGAAUGAGCACCGGUAUUGUUGAGGACUUGAGGGUGUUGCGGAGGUGAACACCGGGGCGUUGCCUGCUGUCCGUGCAGUUUGCGAGUCAAGGGUCAGCUGGGCUUGGCAGAUGUGGUGUUGUUCGAGUUAAGGUACGCUUUCGAGGUUGCAAGGAACAGCGCGUUUGGUGUACAAAGCUGGUCCGACGUCCUUACAGGGCAAGCCUUAUAGUGGUGUAAGCGGGUUGAAAG